AUGAGCACUCGCCUCAUGUCCGCCGUGGGAGCAAACUCUACCUUGCACAACGCUAGCCGCGCCAUGCUGCGCAGGGGCCUGCUGGUACCCCGGACUGCACGGGAAGCUCUCAGCAGCAGGGCCCCUCGUCCUCUCCCGCCGACCGCAUCCCUUCUCCGGGGAGCACGACCUAUGCUGCAGCACCAGUCCGCCAAAGGCGAGAAGUGGGGGGGGGUCCCAACGGGUAUCGCGGUGGCGGCGGCGGUGAUGGCUGCUGCUGCGCUUGUAUCAUCCCGGCGGGAGGAUGGCCACGUUCCGGAGGUGCUUGCUGCCGAGGCGUACUCUUUGCCGAUCGGCCGUACGUCUCCCCAAGUUUGCAACUGCUUCAUCGAGGUGUCUCGAGAGUCGCGCAUGAAGUACGAGUGGGACGAGGAGACUAACAUGCUCAAGCUGGACAGGGUGCUUCACGGAGCGGCCUUCUACCCCCACGACUACGGCUUCAUCCCGCAGACUCUGUGCGGAGACGGUGACCCGUUGGACGUGCUCGUUCUGGGAACGUCGGCGCUGCAGCCAGGGUCGAUAGUAGACGUGCGGCCUUUGGGCUUCAUGUGCAUGGAGGACGAGAAGGGUCUGGACGAGAAAGUUCUCGCGGUGCCGGAUAAAGACCCAAGGUUCAACCACAUGACAUCGUUGAGGGACGUUCCGGAGCACGUGUUGCGCGAGAUCACCAACUUCUUUGAGACAUACAAGCAGCUGGAGAAGUCCAAAUGGGUGAAGGUGGGUGGGUGGAAAGGAACAACGGACACCCACGAGUUGAUCGACAAGACCCACCAGAAGUUUCUGGAGGAGAAGAAGAGGAUCAAGGGGAAGCAGCAUGGCACCGCCGCUGUUGCUUCCGCCACAGCCGGCGCCGGCGCCGCUGAGAGGAGGGUGAAGCAUGCCAUGGACUAAGGCGGCCACUUUAGCUGUGACAGCUGCAAUGACUAUGGAAGGAGGGUGGUGAUGUGUACAUAGGUUGAUGGGGGUAGUUUUGAGCGAGGGGAGGUACUGAACACCAUGCACGGUCGUAGUCUUCAGACCCUAGGCCCUUCCAUCCCUGCACUGCCGUCGGCGGCGCGGCGUGUUGGUUUCUCACCCAUCGCAUUUGGGGAACGGGGGCGGAGAGCGGGGGGGGGCAGUUGCUUUGUGGGGGUGGUCCUGUCCAAAGCACGGUUUUAGAGAUUUUUUGGAAAUUGUUGUACGUUUGUGUUUCUGCAUUAUCUCGCCCCCCCACAGCGCCACUCUGUUCUACCCGAUCACGUCCGCAAGGUCACGAGGCGCUGACAGACGACCCGAUACUGUUCACAUCACGAGAAUCUGUAGGCAUUGUCCUCCCCCCAUUUGACAAUUCGAUGCCAAAUGCACCUGAAUGUGGAAAACAUAUCUGCGCUGCUUCCCCUCUCCCCCCCCCGCUCACCAUUCAUUGUAUCGUUGUCCCUACGAUAGAUAGUGGGACGUAAGAUGAGUUGCUGGGCGUUGUAGGUCCAUGUUCCCACCGGCGUGUUUCAAGACCGUCAUUUUUCGUGCAACGAGCUUUUAGCCUCCUAUGCGCCCUAUUUCUGUCAUGUUCUGUCGUGCUAGAAUUCCCGCGUAUAGUAACAAGUGUUCAUAGUCGUCUACGCCAGGUGGCAAUGUACCAUCAUGCCAGCCACCCCACAUCAAAAUCGAAACGUGCCGAACAAUGCAAUCAAUCGUGUGUCGGUGUCACAGGGUUAAGAAACCCCGUUGGCCGACGCACCCUGGGCAAUGUUGAUGCCACUGAUUUCGUCGAUCUCAUAUUCGGGGGUGGGAGGAAGGGCGCUUCUGGUCACGGCGCAGUUAAUGGAAUGGGUGUGUGUGAAUACGGAGUGGGGUGUUGAGCGUAUUGCUAGCGAGGUCUGGGCCAACCAUCGGAGGGUGCUUUGCAAGCGUCCGCCCCUUGGAGUCGGCAAGAGGCAGAGAGCACUUGUAUCAGCGGCGCGUUGAAGCGACUGU